AUGUGCAGAGAAAGCCUCUUUUUAUUUCCGACUCCAAACGCGCCUGCGCGCCGAGGCGGAGGAUGCUUGCGCCGAGCUGACACGAGCCCUCAUGACGCGGCGGCAGCAGCAGACAGCUGGAUAAGAGCUCAGUUCCCAGGUAAAAAUGGCCGUGGAGAAGCGUCUGGCAUUCUCUAUUGUGCAGUUCCUACGAGAUCAAACACAUUGCGGCGCUUUGAAUUCCGACGAGCAGGAGAGCCUUGAAGUUGCCAUACAGUGUUUGGAGACCACCUUCAAGAUCAGCUCCAGUGACUGCCAUCUCGCCGUGCCACAGCCUCUGACGGAGAUAUUCCUCAACUCCCUGCUCAAGAAUGACAACAUCACCAUACCAGAGACCUCCCCAUCUCCAGAAGACAUCGAACGAGCCGAGCAGCUCAAGAACGAAGGGAACAAUCACAUGAAGGAAGAGAACUACAGAUGUGCAGUGGAGUGCUACACAAAGGCCAUCGACCUGGACUUAAGAAACGCCGUGUACUACUGCAAUAGGGCCGCAGCUCACAGUAAACUGGGAAACUACACGGAGGCGACUGGUGACUGCGAGAGAGCCAUCGGGAUCGAUCCUACCUACAGUAAAGCGUACGGGAGGAUGGGUUUGGCUUUGACAGCCACGAGCAAGUAUCCAGAGGCAAUUUCCUACUUCAAGAAAGCGUUGGUAUUAGACCCCGAGAACGACACCUACAAGUCCAACCUGAAGAUCGCAGAGCAGAAGCAGAAAGAAGCGACCAGCCCGAUAGCUGCUGGAUUGGGCUUUGACAUGGCUAGCCUAAUCAACAACCCUGCCUUCAUCAGUAUGGCUGCAAGCGUGAUGCAGAACCAACAAGUACAACAGCUGAUGUCAGGAAUGAUGUCGAACGCAGUCGGGGGGCCUGCGGCGGGAGUGGGUGGACUGUCAGACAUUUCCAGUUUGAUUGAAGCGGGACAACAGUUUGCCCAGCAGAUCCAGCAGCAGAACCCAGAGCUGAUCGAACAGUUAAGAAACCACAUCCGGAGCCGCUCCUUCAGCGGCAGCGCCGAGGAGCACUCAUGAUCCACUCAGUCUCACGUUUUUUUCCAAGGAAGGGCAACCAUAUGGCGCGAUUACAAUCUCUACACCCAUUUCUUAAAGUCAAAUCCCCGGCACAGCUGGAAUGAAGAGACAAGGAUGGGGUUGAAAGGCACUUUACUGUGACUAAAGGCUCUGGAGCGGAGGAAUGAGGGCCUGCAGACUGGACCAUGAAAUGAAGCAUCCCCACAUAUCUAGGGCAAAAAAAGAAAAACAUAUUGUAAACACCUAAAUAUAAAAGAACAUGAGUAAAUUCUGUCCUCAGAGCUUUUACAUUCUGCAGAGAUCGUGUUUUAUAUGUGCUGAGAAAUACUGCCCUCCUCAUGUUAUGAGUUAAGGAGCCUUCUGUCUAGCCGUGAUGAAUAGAGGGGCUUAGGGAGGAAUGUACUUUUACAGCAUUGCAGGGAACAUUUCAGCUUUUUCUCAUACGGUAACAUCAGGUUUGCCUUGUUUAUACCGCGUUUAAUAUUAUUUUUGUAGACAGAAACCGCUCUACUCGUUCAUUGGACGAUGAACACCAUCACUGCUUUUUAACGAGUACUACUUCAUUUUGAUUAAGACAACAGUUUAAUGGUAUAGCAGUGUUUGCAGCCUGCAUUAUGUUGUUAUUGCACUUUAGCAAAAAAAAAAAGAAGUCCCCCUUUAAGCCUAUUUAAUUGUUCAUUAGCUCGUGACCAAGUGUUCGGAUUGUUCAUUUUGCAUGCUCUUAAAUCUGGUAUUUGAGAUCAGAUGCUUUAUGGAAACACAUAGGUAUGCUAGGGCAGCACAAUGUUUUGUCUAAAACAUGUGAAUAAACGUCUUGAAGUUGAGCAACUA